UGUAACAAAAAUAUGUGUGUUUAUAUGGAAUUAGGUAUGCUUAUUAAUUAAUUAUAUCUAUAAUAUUUUCAGAAAAAAGAGUAAUACAAAAUACUUUCUAGUUAAUCCGCUACAUCAUCUGUAAUUAAGUGCAAUACAGUAAUGAGAAAGGGCAGUCCAUUCAUGUAUAUCUGUACUAUUAAUAUUAGGUAGUGCUAUUGUGCUGGUACCUAUUUUGAUUCGGUGAGGGAGAGUGUUCACGAAACAAACCCAUCUGAUGUUGCGCUAUUUAAUAAGUAUCAUAGUAAUAACGAGGUAAACCACUUUAAGAAAAUAUACACAGCAACCUAACCUGAUCACAAAUACAUGAACACAUGAAAAAUGCAUUUUCAUCGCUUGAAAAAGAUAUUUGCAUGGUUUGCGUAUAGGAACUAAAAUGUCAUUGCCGAGUUUCCCUCCGUAAGGAAUAUUGGUUGAGUUUUCUCAGUGUUUACAUGGCAACGGCGCGACUCUGGCUAGAUGCAUUUUUUUAAAUGUAUUCUUAACAGGCAGACAGACGUAAAGUGAUAUCAGGUAUUGUUUUAUUUUUCAGAAUGGCAGGCUAUUCCGGAAGCGGUGCUUUAAUCCAGAGGCAGCAGUUGGAAACGCCAUCAUCGCAGAAAUCUCAGGUCGCUCAGGAAGAGCUUUUCUACAAGAACUGCAGAGCGGCUUACCUGGCUGUUUUUAGAUCUAGCUUGGAAAACAUUACUUCCAAAGAACAGCUCUGUUUGGUGCUCCAGCAAGCUGGAAGAAAUCCUUCUCAAAAGAGACUCAGUAGGUACUGGACUCCGAGGACCAGCAAGCUUAGCUUUGAUGAUUUUUGUGAGAUACUAAAGAAAGAAAAACCCACUGAGAAAACAGAGCUGAUCAAAGCCUUCCAAAAAAUUGACCUAAAUGGUGAUGGGUAUAUAACACACAAUGAACUUUACAAAGUGCUUACCAAAAAAGGUGAGAAGAUGACUCCUGAAGAGGUGAAAGAUGUUAUUGCUCUAGCUGAUACUAACCAAGAUGGAAAACUGGACUACCAUGAGUUUUGUAAAUUGUUCACUUCAACUGCUGAUCAGUGUCAGAAAGCUGCUCUGGAGAAGCUGGAGGCUGACACCAGAAUGAGACGCCAGCAGUUUGGCAGUGAGUCAGAGAGCGCACCAAAGAAUGCUUUGACACAAGCUGUUAUUCCAUCAGCAGGAACACCCCAGAAAACUGAUCUGGAGACAACACCGAGGAAAGCUGACAGCAGACCUUCAUCCCGUCCUUCCUCAGCUCGAAGCCGGAGGGCAUCAGUAUCGUCUACCAUCACUAUGGGAGCCAGCAAUAUAAAAAGUGUGAAGCUGGCUGAGCCCAAGUCUAUUCAGGACUGGCACCAUACAAGUUUAAAGGGCUGCUUCUUUCUUGAGGAGGAUGGUGGGAUCAUGAGUCUUCAAUACAGGCUGCACAUCCUUCAGACAUCCACUGUGUAUCUCACCAUUAAGCCCCUGAAUCUCAGCCAAGCAGAAGAUAAGACUUCCUCCUGGAUGUCGGUUGACACGGCACUUUACAUUCUGCGUGAAAAUGAAAGACCAGAAGACUCGGACCUCGUGUGCUUUACAGAGUUAAGGGACAAAGAGAAGUUUGGAUGGAAAGGAGAGCUCAGUUCUGGAGUUUAUUACCUAAUACCGUUUACCACUGGCUGCAGAUUAAAGAGGAAGAGGAAGAUUAUUAAUAAGCAAGCCCAGCUGGUAUUUAGGGGUGACAAUGGAGAACUGGUGCUUACUAAAGAGUUCAGAUCAGCUCUCUCAGAUAUUUUUGAAGUAAUAGAUUUGGAUGGGAAUGGCCUCCUAAGCCUGGAAGAGUACAAUUUCUUUGAACAAAGGACAAGUGGAGAGAAAUGCGAUGAAGAAGCUUGGGCUGUGUGCAAAGAAAAUUUUGAUACGAAGAAGAAUGAGCUGACAAGACAGGGAUUCAUGGAGCUCAACUUGAUGGAAGCAAACGACCGGGAAGGGGAUCCCCGAGACCUCUGGGUCACUCUGGAGUCAAUGGGGUACAACAGGGCUCUGGAAAUGGUGGAGGCUUGCCCUUUUGUGGUCGAUGUCUACUGUGAGGUAUGCAAGCCCAAGAUGAAAGCUGUUAGUCUUGAGUCAGGCAGCAAGGCCCUCAGCACAGCCGUGUACAAAUCAGUGAUCAACAAGGGGGAGGCCAAGGUGAUGAAGGGGAACGACAACGUGAUCAUCUACACUUACAAGAGUGAUGCCAGAAUCACAGCAGUCAUUGCAAAUAAGUCCAAUAACAAAGUGACUGUCCAUGUAAACAACGAGCAGAGUAAGAACUGUGUCAGCAGUAGAGGCAUCGCUGUGUUUGCUGUAGAAGUGCCCCCAAGAACUAACAUGGUCUGUCAACAUGUCAUGCCUGUUAAUGAAAGGCAAGAAUGGACUUACAACUGCGUGGAAAGCCUUAUGCCUUAAACUACUCUAAACUAAUAUAUAUUUCUGACACUGAGUAGAGAGUUUUAACAUGACAUAAUAGAAACACUAAACAAUAGUUACAUAAGAAUUAGAAGUGUAUGUACUACUGGUAUAUUACCAUUCAAGAACCAAAAUUCUGCGUCAGCAAAAAGUAUUCGUACAGUUCAUUCCUUAUAGCAUUAACUGUGUCAAGCACAAAGCUGCUUUUCAUUCCAUCGUACUCCAAAACUCUUACUGCCAGCAAACUAGCAGGGAGGUUUGUUUCCACCCGACAUGUUUCUUACUCUUUUGUGUGAUGUUUGUUUUUUUGCACACUGGAGUAAACAGUUGUGAUAAAUACCAUCCGAGGAGCUGUGGGAUGAUUUUUCAGAGGUAAUGUUAUAUAUACUUAUCACAGUGUUGAUGGAGUGCCUUUUGUCUCUUAUGGUGUAAGCCUUGAAACAAUGAACUUGAUGAUCAGGUGAUUUGAAAUUAUGAAAACAUGAAUGAAAAAGAUGUAUUUUUGAUGUGUUUGUGUGUGUGUGGAUUUUUUUAUUUUUAAUUUGCUAUUAAUCAUGCUGUGUGUAAACUUUUUAUACUGCUCAAGUGCAAAAGUGUUCAUGGACAGAUGAUGAAAUUAGGAGUAGCACUAGGACACCAUAUGCAGCAAAUAUGACAUGUUGCCUGAUACAACACAGGUGCAUUUGUGACGCCCUUUAUACCUGGAACGCCAGAUCUACACUUCCUAUGGUGGCCUGAUACUUCAAACCAAAUUGCGCUGUCCUGCCAUGAAUAUUUUAAUACUACUGUUUGCUGACCUGCCAUACGUUUUAAUAUAUAAUCACCUGUAUUGUUUUUUUUUGUCACCAAUAGCUUCUUCUGGUGGGGUUACGGUAGUAUUGCUGUAUUUGUUUAUUUAAUUUUUUUAGCGAUUACAUAAAGUAAAUGCAUCAUGUAAAAUGUGUAUAUCCUAUGUUUUUAAAAAUGUUUGUAUUAAAAUCUGUAGAAAAACACA